UGAAAGGACGUUAACAGACACUAUUCAAGACAGUGAUCCAAAAAUAAGUUCCAAGAUUAGAAUUUUCUUGUAUGCACUGCGACAUGGUACAGUUAGAAGAGAGAACAAAGUUACAAAAAAUGGCAUUGCAUCCAUUCAGUAUUCGUCGAAUGUUAGGCAAAGACAUUGACAGUGAUGGUGAUGAAGAUGCAAAGGAAGCUGUUCUAAACGACUUGACAAUUGUACGUGAUAAACAAAUCAAUUUACCUUCAGAGAAACAGGAAUGCGAAGAAACUGACUUGGUUUCUCCGAGUGACGAAAGUUAUUUGGAAGAUAUCGAAACUGAUGAUAAAAGUAUUGACGACGAAGCGUGUAAUCACAAAACCGAAACUGAACAACAACGUGACAAUGAUGGUGGGAAAGAAGAAGGUGAAGAGAAGAAACCCGAAAAGCCGCCGUUCUCGUACAACGCUUUGAUAAUGAUGGCGAUUCGAAGCAGUCCCGAAAAGAGACUGACACUUAGCCAGAUCUACGAGUUCAUCAUGAAGAAUUUCCCUUAUUACAAAGACAACAAACAAGGCUGGCAAAAUUCUAUCAGACAUAAUCUAAGCCUGAACAAGUGCUUUGUUAAAGUGCCAAGACAUUACGACGACCCUGGGAAGGGAAAUUACUGGAUGUUGGACCCUUCAUGCGACGAUGUCUUCAUUGGCGGGACAACGGGAAAACUCCGCCGCCGCUCCACGCUGGCGUCAAGAAGCAGACUCGCGGCUCUCAAACGGGCAGGAUUCCCCCAUUUCAGCCCGCCCGGAUUUCCAUUCCCAUCAGACAGAUUCCACCCAUACGCCGCGUGCACCCCGUUGUUGUCCCUCCCAGGGUUGCCUUACUGCAACAGACCUCUGCCCUACUCGCCAUACACGUUACCCAUUCCAAUUUCAAACGGUGCAGAAGCAAUGUUGCACAAUGGUGUAAAUUUUUCGAUGGACAAAAUUUUAUCAGCUACAUCCAAGUCUCCCGACUCGGCCAUCCGGGUACCUGGGUGCCAGCCUCCGCCGGUACUAUACAGUCGACAAGGGGCGUCACUGGCAGCGUUGAGGGCGUCGUUCUUCCUGCAGGGAUUUCAAAGUUUCGACCCUCAAUUCAAAGGACUACAAUUGUAUCAGAAUUUGGCAGCAGGUGCAAUGGUUCAGCCUAGUGGCAUGACUGUGUACGAUCCAAACACAAGAAUGCCAAAAAUAUAUCCCGGUGGACUUGUCGGUUCAACUUCGUCGUCCUUCUCACCCGUUGUUAGUGAGCACAGUGGCUAGAGGUAAAACUCGCACAAAUACAGAUUAAAUCUAGUAUGUUUAUACUAUAUCUGUCAGUGCUAUUUUACAUUUUGUUU